CCAUCUAUUGAAUUAUAGCAGACACACAGAGGAGGGACACUGAGUUACUUUACCACAUUUGAAAAUACAAACCGGACCGAGACCACCGACCAGAAAGACAAGAACAAUUUCGGAGAAACCACAUACAGACACGUCCUUUGGGCCAGAUAGCGGAUUACUGUGGAAAGAUGCAAAUCCCUGUGCCAGAAGGUGCAGUCCCCGGACCCCUAAGUGAGGCAACAGUCCCCUCCCUCCUGUUGGACUAUGACCUAUCCGAACCAGGGUUCCAGGAGUCGUCUCAUAUUCAAUUUCUCCAUACCACUCAAGAAGCUGAGGAGGCAUUAUUCGGGCCAGAGGCGCCCUCUCGUGCCACAACACCUAUCAGCCAAGGCACUACACCAGCCCACUAUGUGUUGAAGGAAGAGUGCGAACAGAUGCAGGGGGACCUACACCCCACAUCCAGCCAGGUGCCAGAUCUGUGCAUCGGGUGUCAGCAGACCAACCAAGAGACUGUAGCUUUGAGGCACAAGCCUAGCCAAAUACCCAAGGUCGACCGUCUGGUGGAGGAUGUGCAGAGUCAGAGCGGCUCCACUGAAGAGGCGUUACGGAGAUGUCAAGAACUGCAGAUGGCGGCGGAGAAGAAACUAAAGACGCUGAAGACACUAACAAAGGCCGACGAGCCGGCUCCGGUGGGAAACUACGGUCAGAGGAAACAGGAAGAGGAAAGACGGCUGCAGGACAUCUUGGAGCGACUGGACGCCAUCUCUCUGGAGCUGUCACCGCCAGGACCGAGCACCGCCGCAGGGUUGACAUCAAACGGACUUGUGGAUUCUACAGGUUCAAAUACCAUCGUUUCACAAUCUCGUAGCUCGCGCAAUGUUUCAAACGAAGAUAGCGAUGUUGAUAGCGAUGUUGAUGACGACGACGACAAAGACAGUGAAAGUGAUGAUGCGGACGAUGAGGAUGUAGAUGAGAAGCGAGCUGUGAAACUACCCCAUCUGUCAAACCUUCACAACUACAAAGUCGUCAGUGAUUUCAGAGGAGAGGAGCAGGGAGAUCUGUCGGUUCAGAGGGGGGAGGUGUUGAGGAUUAUCAGGAAGUCGGCCGAUGGAUGGUGGCUGGCUCAGAACACUAAAGGCAACAGAGGAAUUGUUCCAAUGAACUACCUGAAGAUUGACAACGAUGGUCAUGAUGAUGAUGAUAACGACGAUGAUUAUGACGACGAGGACUAUGACGACGAUGGCGAUGAAAAUGAGGAGGAGGAAGAGCAAGAUGGUGAACAGCUGACUGAUGCCCGAGACAAACAGAGUGGGACUUCACAUUCCAACUGGUCGACGGUGAAAAAGGCUCUGACCGAGAUUGAUGCAACAGAUGUGCUCUCUGCCAUGGGGGCUAUACCGUCAGGAUUCAGACCAUCAACUCUCAAUAAACUGCUGGUGGAGGAAGGUGUUACACACAGAGGAAGUCACCAUAUUCAGCCUGAUCUCAGCCAAUCACAGCUCUCCUUUAAAGACCUCUUCCUGGACCCAGACACUGGCUGGGUUCGUGCUCGGCAGGUCCGCACCUGUGUUUGCUUCACUCUGUGGAGCUGCCGGAGGAUUCCCACCCCCGGGGUCGGAGUGCAGGUCCUCAGCCGACACAUACGCCUCUGUGCCUUUGAUGGAACUCAGGUGUUGAGUAACAUCCACACAGUGAGAGCAACCUACAACUCCAAGAGCCCCAAGACCUGGAACUUCUCUCCAAGGAUGACAGGAAUCCUGCCCACCCUCCUCGACGGAGACUGUUUCCUGCGCUGCAACUCUGAGUCCCCUGACCUCGGUAUCCUCUUCGAACUCGGAGUCACCUUUAUACGGAAUUCUACAGGUGAGAGAGGAGAACUGAGCUGCGGCUGGGCUUUCCUCAAACUGACCGAUGACGCCGGAAAUCCACUCCCCAACAGGACCUAUGAGCUGCCAGUGAACGGUGGAACUCCCUAUGAGCAGGACGUCGCAGUGGAGGCUUCGGUCACCAAGGGAACUCCAGCCGGUGUCCUCCAGCAGAUGCUCCAGGCCCGACGGCAGCCCAGACUGAUCAUAAAGUUGAAAUCAACCAGCAGUCAGAUCAGAAAGCAGCUCUGUCUCCUCCCCGACACUCUGCUGCACAGUCUGAGUUGUGUCCACCUGCUGGCUCUGCACAGACAACUGUUGGCUGACACGCUGUUGAUGAACCGGCCGACCAUGCAGAAUGCAGAUCUGAUAUGCAAUCCUGUGCUUUCUACCUUCCCUGUUCUGUUGGACCAAUCGGACCUGCUGGAUGCCCUCAGGGCUGCCUGGCUGGAUGCUGAGAUCACCAUGAGCAGAGCACAGAAGAGAGACCUGUCUUUUCUCAAACAGGAGUUCAUUAAAGUCUACAUGUCGUCCGUCUACUUCCUCCUCCACUCGCCCUCGCUGCCCUGCCAUCGCUGGGCGGACCCUCCGUUGGAGGAGCAGCGGGCCAGAGUCAUCUACACCACCCUGGAUUCCCUUAAACAAAGCCUGCUCGCCACCGGCCAAUCGGGAGGCCCCGAGGUCUUCGUCGACCCCGCGCACCAUCACAUCGCCUUUGAUAUCACAGAGUUGACCUUUGACCUCCUCCUUGUGGCGCGGAAACAAUAACAUCACAUACCUCAGGGGCAAAGUACUAUUUAAAUUGGAGGGUUUUUUUGUAAUAAUUUAUCAAUUAAUGAGUUUGGUCUAUUAAAAAGAAUAAAUAGAUUGAUAGAACUUUAUCGUCAUUGCAUGUUGGAGCAAUCCAGUUUGCAGCAUAGAAAAAUAAGAUGUAAAAUAUAUACACAUACACCAGUGCACACACGCACACAAGCUCAAGCACAUCUCACCCAUAACCAUAACCACAUACACAUUCAUACUCAUAAAGCUUUAAAAUAUGUGAUAAAUACUUAUAGGGGGAGAAAGGUAAAUGAACAAAACGCCUACAUGUGCCAAAAAUACAUUUUUGAAAUUUAACGAAUAAAGCUGGUGAAUUUUUGUUGUUGUCAAUAGAUACUAUUCUAAUUUCUCAAUACUUACUGACUUCUUUCUCUUCAUCACGUGUCCAAAGGUUUCCCGCUUGAUAUUUCAAAAAGGGCCAAAUAAACCUUGCCAUUGUGGUUUGUUUUGUAAAAUAUUGCACCUUUUUUGGAUAUCAUUUUAAUAUAUGGAAUUAGACUGAUUUAAAGUGCCUGUGUACAAUGUAAUCAAGGAGCAUGUCACCCAUUGCUUUCUGUCUUUUCACUGGAUGUGAUUACUAAAAUUUAACAAAAUACAUACUAUUACCACACUUGUCCUCUAUGUAAAUAUUUAUCAUACACAUGAAUAUUUUAUAUUGCGUACACAAAGACGACAUUGUGAACCUUGAGAUAACAUGCGACAUUGAUUGUGACGUUCACUUUAAUGAAACACAGGUUAAAGGAAUAACUCAGGCCAAACCAGAUUUCUGUAAUAAUAGAACCAAUAGUUUAAUUAUGAACAAGUCCUGAUACUGUAAUUUACUUCCACAUUGUUCAAUUUCGUGAUAAAAAUCAUGAUCAAAUCAGCUGUUGAUUUAUUACAGGCUUGCUUUCAAGUUUUUGGGGGUUUUUUUCAAACGUAUCACCUGACUGGUCACCAACCUGCUCCACUCAUCUCUCCACCCAUUAGUUCAACAUCGGUUGUGGGUGUGUGUGUAGUAUAGUGUAGAGUUACGGCGUUCACAGUUAAUUAUUAGUCCGCCGUCGUUCCCUUUUAUAGCUCCGGUAUAAAAGAACAGGAGCAGUGAGAGGUUGAGUCAGUCUGGGCUCAGAGCGGCGGGGAGUGGGUCCGUCACUUUCACCGUCGUUUCAUAUCUCAGGCGGCAUUCGUCAUUCAGAUGAUUCAUAACAGUGACACAGCAGUUCCGCUUGUAUAACUAUCUGGUGACACACACACCAUAACUGUUAGCGAAAACGUUCAUGCAAAUCAAAAGCAUUUGAGAGGCAAGUGGGUUACUGUACGUCAUCCCUCAUCAACCUACGGAAUAAACAAACAAGAUAUGACUUUUGACGAUUGAGAGGUUGAUUCUCAUUCUGCAUUUUCAAAUGCAUAUUCCGGGAUUAAACUGGUAUCCGCUUCCGGCUAGUAGAAAUCAAAACCGUUAAGAUAUUUACAAUUGUACACCCAUUACUUUUGUGAGCACAAAAAAAAAACUACAACUCCCACGACUGUGCUUGCAUCAUCUUUGACUUGGUUGGAUCCAUUUCCAUGGAAACCAACCAAUGCUCACUUCUGAUGUCAUCUGAGAGUGUUCACAGCCUUCGCUCACGUCUGUCCUUCUAAUUCGAUAAGGCCUCAUCUUUGAAUGACAUUCAGUUGCAGUGUGCAGUCUAUCACCUAAGAUUCUUUCAGAUAUGUGGGACGUUCAGUCUUGGAAAAACAUUCAUGUGUGGCUGGGGAGGUCAAAGGUCAGGGUGAGCAUGGCGUCCUCUGGACGAAGAGCAGUUAUCCGACCAUCAGGUUGCUGCUCUGCUCACCUCGAGAAAAACAACCUUCCCAGCUCGGCGGAAUGAAAUCCUACGACAUUCAACUGUUCUGAAUGCAAAUGUUGUGGUUUUGUCAUUCAGGUCGACGCAUUCUUUAACACUGUUUGUGUGCGUGUGGUACUAUUGUGUAACUACAAUUGACGCUGACAAAUAGCCAUUGUAUUUUUGACAGAGCUGGCAUGGGUUCCCAUGGAAAUGUUUGUGGACAUAGUAGGUGUGUGUGUCUGUGUGUGUGUGUGUGUGUGUGCGUGUGCGUGCGUGCGUGUUUGGCCUUGUAACCAGAUCCACAACGAAGGAGUUGGUCCAGUGUGUUUCUUUUAACACUGACCAAACACAACUUGUUGGCUGCCAGGUGUGUGUGUUUGUGUAUGCGUAAAUAAGUGAGUUUAUUCGAUAUAUAGCAGCUUUGUCAGAACCGACACCAAAAAGUAGGAAGCCAAUGAAAAUGCAUGAAACAAGAAGCAAUGCACAAGGUGAGAGGAAAGCCAUAGUGAAUAAAUGGGUUUCCAACAGAUGCUGCAGAUUGAAGUCUAUAGCAAGAGUAUUCCGUGGUACGUAGGUUCAUGGGACGUCACGUAAACCCUGGGUUUGAGUUUGUCAAGAGGUCGAGACUCUGCAGUCAUGUCAGGUUGGCUGGAACCCUCAAACCCUCCUCGCUCCACUCGGACGUCCUGUUGUCACUGACCUUUCCCUCUAGCGACAGAGGAGGGUCUCCAAACACAGACACACUUCAGUGACUUUAGCAGAGGCCAGGUUGACUCAGGGUGGGUCGGCAUCUGCAAG